AAAAGUAAUGGAAUAUUCAAAGCUUUUUGUAUAGCUCUUUCCUUCCAUUUUCCCAAUUACAUCAAACACUUUACCCUUUUCGCAGGUACUUCCUCUUACCACUCAUAUCAUAACACAUCCACGAAUAAUCAAUCUUCCCUCCUCCGUCAAAUGGACUUUCCACCACCGGAUUUUUUCACCGGCGCCGGCGACGGAAGGCCAUCUCCGACGAGGAGAGUAGAACUACAAGGUCCUCGUCCUACUCCUCUUAAAGUCAACAAAGAUUCCUACAAGAUCAAGAAACCUCCUGUUGCUCCUCCGCCGCAUCCUCCGCCUCAUACCACCGCCGGAGCUCCGUCAACGAGUCAGAACCCGCAAACGGUGAUAAUCUACGCGGUUUCACCGAAAGUGUACCACACGACCGUUAGUGACUUCAUGAGUGUUGUACAAAGACUUACUGGAUCUUCAACUUCCUCCAUGGAACCCUCAACCUCCGGCGAUGGGAACUUAUCGCCGGCGGCAAAGUUGGCUUCGAUGGAAAAAGCGAGUAGUCCUGCUGCUGUUCUUCCGGCUUAUGCUACUGCUUCUGAUUCGAUGGAUAUUUUGGAUAUAAUUGGGAAUUCAAGUGUAGAAAUGAGUCAUCAGAUCCCGGGGAUAUUGUCGCCGGCGCCGGCAACAUUACCGCCCGUAUCGCCGCCGGGACUCUUUUCGCCGAUACCGUCCGAUCCUUUCAUGAUGAUGAUGUUAAGUCCUAGUCCGUCAACGUUGUUUUCUGCUCCGUUGAUUUCUCCUUCGCCAAAUGCGUCUGAUCUAUUCCAUCCAUUCUUUGACUUUUAGGUAGACUUUUCUUUCUUCUUUUUCUUUUUUAUUUUACUUAUUUUUAAAAAAUUACUUUUUAGCUUUUUAUUUUUAUUUUUAGUUUCUUCUUUUUAUCUUUAGGUAGUCUAUGAUGAGGUUAAUUAUUUGUUUGCACAUUAAGCACAUUGUUGUUUGUACGAUACUGUAUUUUGCCACAUUAGUGGGAUUCAAUGACAAUUUUAUCAUAGUUGAAUUUCCUUUUAGUUUCA